CACGGCUCCUCUGACAUUGAAGGCACUGCGGGGACCGGCAAUCGGCCUGGGCGGGGGCACGAGAGGCCGCGGGUUCGGUGCCGUUCCUCAGCUAUGUACGAUUAUAAAGCUGCCCUCCGCUUGUUCCGUCUCUCGACUAAAUAACUCGACCUGCUUAUAUUGGCAUGAAUCGCCUCCUCCCUCGUUCCCCAUUACAAUUGCGAUAUCAGCGCCCGCUUCCUGCUUCGAGUGUUACCAACAGACUCUCACUCCUCCGUGACAAGAGGUGCAGCUCCCAACAAGUCAAAAUGGCGGAUCGUGUCCACAGAAUCACCAUGUUCAAGGCCCCCAAGCCCGAGGACCAACAGAAGCUGCUGGCCGAGUACAAGAUUGUCAAUGCCAAGGCGGAGCGGAAUGGCGCCCCGUACAUUCUCUCGCUGACAGCCGGCGUCGCAGAGACGGACCCGCGGUCCAACGGCUUCACCGUCGUGGCAAAGACGGAAUUCGCCAGCCUCGACGACAUGAAGUUCUAUGACAACGAGUGCAAGGCGCACCAGGCACUCAAGGCCGCCGCCAAAGACCUCACGAUUGAGGGCAUUCAGACGGUGUACUUUACGCCCGAGGUCGUGGCCGAGAAGCAAUAGAUGGUCAGAUGUAAGAAGAGCAAUGCUAUAAAUAACUAAUUGAUUUGGUCCCAAAAUCGUGUUUCUUGGAUCGUGG